AUGAAGGGUUACGUAUCCUUGAGUCCAGGCCAGCAAUAUAGUCUGGAGAAUACCGGGUGGUUGAGUGGGGAUAACGAACUAACCGAUGCCACUGGAAAUUUCGAUGUUGUUUUACCGGUAAAUUAUGUGCUAGGCUUCGCCGAGGAUUAUUGUCGAGUUGUUGUUAAUGCUGAACAUGAGUUAAUCCUCACACGUUCCAACACUAAUUUCAAUGCCGUGAUUCAGGCCUCGAACAAGGAAAACUUCAAAAUCACCCUAAAUAGAAUCGAGUGGUUGUUGCCCUACAUCAAACUGGCAGAUAAACCGAAAAUCCAGCUACUCAACUACAUCGCCAAGGAUCCGGCCAUAUCCAUGAGUUUUCGUUCUUGGGAAACGUACGUGUAUCCGAUGCUCCCAUCAAUAACGCGGCAUACAUGGUCAGUCAAGACAUCGACGCAGCUUGAGAAGCCGAGAUAUGUCGUUCUAGGAUUUCAAACUGCGAGGGGAAACGAGCCGCUAAGAAAUGCCAGCGUCUUUGAUCAUCGUCGGAUCAGAGAUGUAAAACUCUUUCUAAACUCACAGUGCUAUCCCUACGGAAAUAUGAAUUUUGAUAUAUACAAUAAUCAAUACGCCAUUCUCUAUGCUAUGUAUGUUUGGUUUCAAAUGACCUACUACAACAAAGAAGCUGAACCUUUGCUAUCGAAUCGUGAAUUUAUGAAUCGAGCUCCCCUUGUCACCAUCGAUUGCUCCUAG